UUCAGUGCUUAUAUUGGCAAGCCUGAUUUAGCCCUGAUUUCACUGGAACUUAGAAACCUGAAGGCAAACAAGGGAUGGGUAACCUGAGCCUUGCACUAGUGUCUGGCCCAGGGAGGAUUAGCAAGACUGGGGAAGCUGACGCUUGGGACUACGUUGACAUUUAUGAAUGUUUCAAGAGAGUGGUGGGUGUUUCUUGGCAAUUCGUAGGUAGAUAAGCAGAGCCAGCUCGCAACUGCUGGGGAGGAUGUCGAGGACUGGGCAUGAACAGGGCUGUUACAGCAAAGGGACCUGAUGGCAGAUUCAGAACCCCCUUUGGAGCUGCACGUGGACGAUUCAGGUACAUGCUUAGAGCUCGAGGGAGAUGCUACAGAUGCCCUGUUGGAGCCUGAAGUGGCACAUACCCCCUUGGAGCUACAUAUGGAUGUCACAAAUGCCCCGCUGGAGCUGAACAACACAGACGCACCCUUGGAGCAGCAUGUGGAUGGUGCAGAUGCUCCCUUGGACUUAGAUGUUGCGGAGUCCCAGACUCUGAGCAUUGAGGAGCUGGGAGAGCAUUUCCAGGAAUGCAUUGAAGCUGUGGAGCAGCUGGAGAAGGAGAGGGAUAGCCUCAUCCAGGAACUCACGCUGCUCCGGGAACCUGCCCUUCAAGAAAUCAGACAAGCUCAUGAGGAGAUACUGGCAGCCUACAGGCUGCAGGCCAAAGUGGAGCUGGAGCGGGACAAUCUGAGAAACGAGAUCCGACAAGUCAAGCAGAAGCUAUUCAAGGUGACCAGAGAGUGUGUGGCUUGCCAGUACCAGCUGGAAACCAGACGGCAUGACAUGGCCCAGUAUGCUAUCUAUCGGGCUGAACUGGAAACCAGGGUCAGCCAGCUUUCAGAGGAAAUAUCGCAGCUGAGGGAGACUUGUGAAAAGCAGAAGGAACAGUUCAGGCAGCGGCUGGAGAUGCCCCACUACCGGGGGGACAGCCAUUACUUGCAGGAAAGCCGAAGGCUUUCCACGGAGUUCGAGAGCUUUGUGGCAGAGAGCCGCCAGGGCCUGGAGAAACACUACGAGCCGCAGCUCAUGUACCUUUUAGAAAGGAGAGAAGCCAGUGCUAAGGCUUUGCAACAAACACAGGGAGAGAUUCAGGGGCUGAAGGAGACACUGAGACCACUGCAGGGAGAGGCCAGCAGGCUGCGACUGCAGAACAGAAAUCUGGAAGAACAGAUCGUGCUCAUUAAGCAAAAACGGGACGAAGAAGUUCUCCAGUACAGGGAACAGGUGGAAGAGAUGGAAGAGAGGCUAAGGGAGCUGAAAAAUGAGGUCCAACUUCAGCAACGUAAGAACCAAGAGUUGGAAGAGCUGAGGACCAGCCUGCACCAGGAGCUAACUAUUUACAAGGGCUGCUUAGAAAUCUAUGGUCAUCUUUGCAACUCAGAAGAGAAAGUCGAUCAAGACUGAUUCAUGGACUUUCCUUAUUCUAUCAGAAAAUAAAUGCAGAGGCACUAAAUGAGAAGGACUGAGGUAUCUGCAGUGGACACUUACAUUUCCCUCUCUCUGCUCACCCCUCCUAAAUAAGACAUAGCAGCUAUUUAAAAUCAGGAAGACUAGACAAUCAUUUGCUUGUUUAUAUUUCUUGAGGUGCUGCUCUGUUGAUCUUCUAGCAUGGUAAAAAGAAUGAAGCUGCUGUCCUCCAGGAGAGCACAGAAAAGUACACUUGCACUAAUUGACGAACAUAUAAAGAGGAACGAUAGAUGUAUGUUUUGCUGUGUAUUUGGAAGCAUAUCUGAUCUUGCUUUGUAGGUGGACCGUAUAAGCCUACACAGAAAGGGUCAUAUAGAAAGGCAAUUUUUUUUGUUUCGAAGAACACAUUUCAAAGGACUACUGUUGUUGCACGGUAAACAGGAUGGUUUCUUUUGUAGCACAAAAGAUGACGGUUGUAUUGUGACAUGUUCUAGUAGGGUCCAUAAACUAAGUUCCCAUAUAAA